CACACACACUCUCCCUUUCGAGUCCUUGACAUAUUACUAUCUCACAGGCGCUAUCACAAUCUGCAUAUCUACAGUACGCCGCAGAGUGUGACGGCCGAAGAGGACCGGCCAAAGGGCUCGAGCCUGAAAGGACGCCGCCCUCAUAUCGGAGCCAGGACAUCUUCUCACACCCCGCCAACAUGCCAGGCAUUCUCCCCAUGAAGGUCAUCAAGGUCGGCACGAACGCACAGAGUCGAAUUGCUCAAGCCUGCGAUAGAUGUCGGAGCAAGAAGAUCCGCUGUGACGGUAUCCGACCGUGCUGUUCGCAAUGCUCCAACGUCGGAUUCGAAUGCAAAACGAGCGACAAGCUCAGCCGAAGAGCAUUCCCUCGAGGAUACACAGAGUCGCUCGAGGAAAGAGUGCGCGUGUUGGAAACCGAGGUCAGGGAGUUGAAGGACCUGUUGGAUGAGAAGGACGAGAAGAUUGACAUGCUUUCGCGGAUAUCUCCCAAUUCAGCGCACUCCAUACAGAUCACAUCGUCGCGGCGACAGUCGACACCAUCUGAAAAGUCGGCGGUAAGAGCGACGGAAUCUCCACCCAAGGACGAUGUGUUCAACGUCCAGCAGUCACCAUAUCUCCUCGAUGAUGCUGGUGCCGACUCCUACUUUACUGGCACGUCAAGCGGUCGGACGUUCAUUGAGGCUUUCAAAAACAGAGUCCAGGAAGAUGGGCGUUCGGCAAGCGAGAUCAAUACUGGAGCGCUUCUUGCUGGCGUUCCCAAGACGCCGGAGUCUACUAAUGCCGCCUCCAACCCCGUGACCUUCAAGGCGCCUCCACGACUAGUCUCCGACCAGCUUAUCAACAUCUUCUUCCAGGAGUGGGCGCCACUAUAUCCAGUUCUUCACCGUCCGACAUUUUUGACCUUGUACGGCCGCUACGUUGCUGAUUGCGACGCCGUUACGGACAGGUCUGAACUUGCACAGCUAAAUCUGGUCUUUGGUAUAGCAGCUCUUUCAAGUGGAUCGAGGGCAUCCGGCGACUUGGAAAGUUUCGAGACACAGUGGAAAGCUGCUCUGGACUCGAUCAUCACUGACAGUUCGAUGAGCACACUGCAAGCACUCAUCCUGGCACAAAUCUUUUGCGUGCAGCAAGGCGAUCUCACCAGACUUCUCACCUACAAAGGCCUAUCUUUCAGCUUGUCGGCACGUCUUGGCCUGCACCAGUCUCAAAAACGAUUUGCAUUGGGAACAUUGACGUGUGAGACCAGAAAGAAGGUCUUUUGGACGCUGUACACCGUCGAUUGCUUCACUGCCGUCGUGCUUGGUCUACCCAGGCAGUUGAAGGACGACGACAUCAGCUGCGAAUUCCCGGUCGAUGCCGACGACGAAUACGUGACAGAUCGUGGCUUUCAACCCACUCUUCCUGGCGAAUCAACCAAGUUGUCGAGCGCCCUGGCUCUCUUCCGUGCAUCGCAGAUCCUGUCCAAAGUCCUCGAAGAAGUCUACCCAGCCAAGACCUCGUAUGAGUUGUCUUUCCGGAAGCUCAGUGAGCUCUCCGAUGAGUUGGACGCCUGGAGCACCGCUUUGCCACCUCAUCUACGACUACAAUUCACCCAGGACAAACCGAGCACUGGCACCAUCAGCAGCCGAUCGCCACUGUUGUCGCUGACCUACCACUACAUUCGCGCAUUGAUCCACCGACCAGCCAUUUGUGCUUCCCUUGGCUCGCGGUCGUCGUCUUCGAUGAUCGCGCUGGGCAAUUCGUGCAAGCACAUGAUACAGAUUGUGCAGCUGCUGGACGAGAGAUGUCUGAGUUUUACAUUUUGCCUCAAUCGCGACGAAACUCUUGUCCUUGCCGGGUUCGGUCUGCUGUUCCAAGGACUGGGAUUGGACGCUGGGUCCAAAAUGCUGAAAGAUAACAAUAAGAUGAUCUCCUCUGCUGUUCAAGUCUUGAACAAGACCGAAGCACCCUGCGUAGCCGAGUUCGAGCGCGUGGCCACUUUUUUCAUUGGAGUACCGACACAGACAGCACCUCUGCCACCACCGGCGGUCAAGCCGAAAGCGAAGAUUCCAGCUCUCUCGCGCCACAACUCUGAUGGUGGUUCGACGACACAGUCCACGAGCCUGCCGUCCUCAACUAGGAAGCAACUCAAAGCGAUUGCCUCUCGAUUUACCGCUACUGCCACGUCGAAACCUGGCAAGCUUGACGCUCCUGACGGUGGCCGCAGAGCGACUGCUCAUACGAUCUGCCUCCACCCCUCAAACGUCCUGACGCAGAGCCAGCCAGCACUGCUGCCGGCAAUCGCUCGAUCUGAGCCUGCUCGCAGUCCAGCGAACAUGUACAGUCGUCCAACAUCCACUGCAGCUCCACGACCAUCUGCGCCGCCGCCACAGCUUAAACCGAAGCCUCGCUCCCUUCCGCAGGCCGUUUCAAAUCUAGACUACCUGUCCUUUGGCAAUGAGCCCGACGCUGCUUCAGAGCCUGUUAAAUCUCAGAACGUCCAACCGAUCAAGACCGAGCCGGCCCCGACGGACUGGGAGAAACUCCUUGGAAGUCUCGACAAUGGUCAGACGAACAUAUUCGACGCAUGCUACGGCGGACCUCCCGUCGAUGCUCUUGACACCCCUCCCAUGAGUCUACCAAACACGAUUCCCUUGGCGACCCUCGUCGACAACUCCAUCGCCUGGAACGCCGAUCUUUGGGCGCUCUGUCCUACAGAGACCAACACCAGCGCCAGCUCCGGGCCUAGCUCGGGCACUGGUCAAGCUGCUAGUGUACUUUCUUUCAGCACUGAUGAGGGUUUAAGCAGCUCGGAGGAUUUCGCUGCGGACUGGACGAAUGCGAGCAGCCAUAAUGACGGCUUCAUGAUCAUGCCGAACGGGGAUGAUUUCUGGCAGUGAGCUGUCUGAAAAUAAUGAAAGACAUGCAAGAGACAAAUUAUGAGCCGGGCGAUUUAAGCGAUUUGAUAGCCACAAAUUGGAGUAUGUUCGCGAUGAUUGUAUGUAACGUGGCGGAAAUGUUACGACAUCGGACAUUCUUGU